AUGGGAAGGCCUCCUUGCUGCGAGAAGGUCGGCGUCAAGAAAGGGCCGUGGACGCCGGAGGAGGACAUCAUCUUGGUCUCCUACAUCCAGGAGCAUGGGCCGGGCAAUUGGAGGUCAGUGCCCACUAACGCCGGUGAGCUCCUCUACUCUUCCCUCCCUUUCUCUUCACUCAAUGCUGUUCUGAGAAUACAUGGUCUAUCUGCUCACUGUCGUAUACUGAUCCCUCAUGAAUCGCCGACGCGGCAGCAGGGUUGAUGAGAUGCAGCAAGAGCUGUAGGCUGAGAUGGACCAACUACCUGAGACCGGGGAUCAAGCGGGGGAACUUCACCCCGCAGGAGGAAGGGCUUAUAGUCCAGCUGCAAGGAUUGCUCGGCAACAGGUGCGUUGAUGAAUUGUGAAACUAUCAUUUUUCGUUUUUUUCUUCUUUUCUGAACGGAGACCACCCGCCCAGAACGCCACCUCCAUGAAAACUCAGAAUUCACCUCAGAAUUCACCUCAGAAUUCACCUCAGAAUUCACCUCAGAAUUCAGCUCAGAAUUCUGUCUGAGGGCAGGCUGAACUGAUGGGUUUCAUCGUAUUUGAUUCCCUCGUCAUCUCCGUGUUCAGGUGGGCAGCCAUCGCCUCAUAUCUCCCGCAGAGAACAGACAACGAUAUAAAGAACUACUGGAACACCCAUCUCAAGAAGAAGAUCAAGCGGCUGCAAGCAGCCUCUGGCCCAAGCUUGGCUGUCGAUUCAACCGCGGAUACUCACCCGGCGAGGUUAAACGAUUCCGGUGGAGGAAAAAUUACGAACUCGAAUGGAAAUCCCUUUCUCCCUAAGCCCGGCCACUGCUCGGCCACCUAUGCCUCAAGCGCAGAGAACAUCUCGAGACUCCUGGAAGGCUGGAUCAGGCCCUCCCCAAAGGCCUCCGGCAAGCCCAUGCAUGAAGGGGAGUGCAAUAGAAGCAGGAACCAUGGCCCAGUGCCCCUCGGAGGGCUCCAAGGUGGAGAAGAUCAGGGGAGCUGCAGCAUCCUCUCCCAGGAGGACCUCGACUCGCUGCUCUCCAUUGAAAACGUGGCCUGGGAUGAGUCGUCCACCGACUAUAGGCACUGUGGGGCUCAUCGGGAGAAUCUGGUUCAGGCUGAGAUGAAGCAGAGACUAGAGAGCCAGCGGCCGCCCUUGUCUCUACUCGAGGGGUGGCUCCUGGACGAAACUUCUGUCCAGGAGGAUGACCUAACGGACACGUCUCCGAGUGUUUGCAUUAAUGCGCGUUGUGACUGA